UCCAGCAGCUGCUGGACAAGAAUGAAGAGCAAACAGGACGACGAUUGUUAUUCUACAGUGAAUAUCAAAAAUGAAAAACCUUCUCCAGAAAGUCGAGCAGAAGAGGAAGCAUCAGCUCUCUGUCACUGCUCUCUGAUGCUGCUGGGUUUUCUGAUUUUCUCUGCGCUGAUAGCUGCAAGAAUUGUCAUCACCAUGCAGAUUAAUGUGAUGAUGAUCAAGCAGCAGGAAACCAUCAGUAAUGUUACCACAGAAAACGAGCGACUGAUUGAGGAGAGAAAAGUGAUGGAGAACCAGAACAAAGAGCUGAACACGACACUGGGACUCAUCCUGAAAUUUGAAAACAUUCCAGCAAAAGACCUCUGUCCUAACAAAGAGUGUAAACCGUGCCAGAAAGAUUGGAUUCUCUUCCAGGAAAAAUGCUACCUGUUUUACGAUCCACAUCCUUGGAAGUCUUGGACAGGAAGUCGGACAUUUUGUCAGGACAAACAUGCAGAUUUGGUUGUUAUUGAUGAUCUGGAGGAGCAGGAAUUUGUCAGCAAUCACACCAAAUACUACUAUGACAAAGACCACGGAUACUGGAUGGGGUUACAACAAACUAACAACAACUGGAUCUGGGUGGAUGGACGAAGAGACACUCUUGGGUUCUGGGUGAAGGAGCAUCUCCGUACCUCAGGUCCAAAAGUGCUGCUGAUCCCGGAGAGAAAACUCACAGAAAGCUGGGGCAAAGCAGGAUGAAGAACAGCGGGGAUGAUGACUCCAAUUCUACAGACAAUGACAAUCUGAAUUAAAGAUGAGCGAACAGCAGGGAAGUAUUAAAGACCUUACAACAGAAAAAAGCAACUGAUUGACGAAAGACAGAUGGUGAAGUUGAGCCAAACAAUUCGAGAGAGAGAAGAGGUGAUCCGAAAGAGGGAGGAGCUGAACCGAAAGAGACAUGAGCUGAACCAAGAGAGAGAGGAGCUCACCAGAAAAAGAGAGGAGCAGAACCGAAAGAGAGAGGAGCUGAACCGAAAGAGAGAGGAGC